CACAGCUGCUCCUCCCUCUCUCUCCUCCUUGGGCAACGGGGCAGGAGUGUCUGUGGGAGCCUGUGAGCCACCUUUCUUGGAGCAGAUAAAAGGACCAUCUCUUUGCACUCCUGGGAUCUUCACUGCCCUCUUAUCCUGACUCUAACCAUACUUGUCUUCCUCCCCAGCAUUCAUGAAGGGCUCUGUGUCUCACCAGACCUAUACUACCCAAGGGGGCUUCAGCUCUUCCUCGGCCUCUGGAAGCCGCGGUGCGGGUGGCACUCACACUCACACCAGCUUCAGCUACAAGACAGUGUCCAGAGGUGGAAGCAGGCUUGGGGGUGCUGCUGGUGGCAGCCCCAAGACCAGCUUUGGCAGCCAUAGCCUCUACAAUUUGGGUGCUAACAGGAGCAUCUCUGGCAGUAUGGCUCAGAAGGCCUCCCAAGGGGGAUUUGGUGUUGGGGCUGGUAGCUUUUUAGGUCUGGGCACCACGAGGUCAAACUUUGGGCCCUCCUGCCCCCCUGGAGGCAUCCAGGAGGUGACUGUCAACCAAAGCCUACUAACCCCCCUUAAUGUGGAGAUUGACCCUGAGAUUCAGAGAGUGAGGACUCAAGAGCGGGAGCAGAUCAAGACCCUCAAUAAUAAGUUUGCCUCCUUCAUUGAUAAGGUACGAUUCCUGGAGCAGCAGAACAAGGUGUUGGAGACCAAGUGGGCCCUGCUUCAGGAGCAGGGCCAGAACACCAAGUUUCCUGAGGAUCUGGAGCCAUUACUUGACUCACAUAUAAACAAGCUUGGGAGGCACCUGGAUAGCCUCAAGAAUGAGAAGGAAAAGCUGGAAACUGAGCUGUGUAAUGUGCAGCAACAGAUGGACAACUUCAAAGACAAAUAUGAAGAUGAAAUCCACAAGAGAACAGAAGCAGAGAAUGAGUACGUCGUCCUCAAGAAGGAUGUUGAUUCCCAGUACCUAAUCCGUGAGAGUCUUGGGGCCCAGGUCUCACUGCUGAUGGACUAUAUCAAAUUUUUGCAGACAUUCUAUGAUGCGGAGCGGGAAGGGAGCCACACCCACACUUCUAAUACCAACGUUGUCCUGUCUAUGGAUAACAAUCGAUGCCUGGAUCUGGACAGCAUCAUUGCUGAGCUCAAAAGCCAGUAUGAGGAGAUUGCCAGGAGGAGCCGUGCAGAGGCAGAAUCCUGGUACCAGACCAAGUAUGAAGAGCUCCAGGUGACAGCUGGGAAGCAUGGGGACUGUCUCCGGGACACUAAGAAUGAGAUCGCCGAGCUCACCCGAGUUGUGCAGAGACUUCAGGGGGAGAUUGACUCAGUAAAGAAGCAGUGUGAACAGCUGCAGGCAGCUAUCGCUGACUCGGAGCAGCGAGGGGAGAUGGCUGUUAAAGAUGCGCAGAAGAAGUUGGGAGACCUGGAAAAGGCCCUCCAUCACAGCAAAGAGGAACUGACCAAGCUUCUGCGAGACUACCAGGAGCUGAUGAGCAUCAAGCUGGCCUUGGAUAUGGAGAUCGCUACCUACAAGAAGCUGCUGGAGAGUGAGGAGGGCAGAAUGUCUGGAGAGUGUCCCAACGCUAUUAGCAUUUCUAUGACGGGCAGUUCGACCACUAUGUGUGGUGGAGGCAACCAGGUGGUCGGUGGUGGCAGCUUCGGGGGUGGGUUGUCCUUGGGCAGCGGUGGUGGAGGGGUGAAGGGGAGCUAUGGCUCUUCCUGUGGUUAUGUCAAGGGAGGGCCUAGCUCUGGGGGAACCUCCAUUUUGAAGAAGAGCACAAGUACCACGGUCAAGUCGUCCAGCCGGCGAUUUUAACCAUCCUGUGAUGUGUCAAGCUGGUGUCGGCCAUUCCGGUUCCUUGAGAGCUUUCCUUUCCCAACUCCCGACCCUUCUUCUUUCCCUCAUAUCCACCCACUCAGACCUUUACAGAGCUCCCCAUUCCAGAACCCAAAAUAACCUGGAAAUUCACAUUUACAUAUGUUGGCAUGUUGUAUCACGUGCAUAUUAUAUUGAUUGGCUUUCUAGAGUUUAAGCACAGCUAACAGAACAGGCAUUGAGGCUAUCAGGUAGAACGAGAAAGUUGAAUUGGGCUACCUGGUGUAGUGGAAAGGCCAUGGGAUUUGGAUUCAGAAGACUUGGGUUUGAAUCUCGGUGUUGCUGUGUGACCUUGGGCAGGAUGCCCAAGUUUCUCUGGGCAGGAUGUCCAAGUUUCUCUGGGCUUCCUCAGUUUUCUAUUUUGUAAAAUGAAGGGGUUGAAUUGGAUGUUUUCUGAAGUCCCUUCCAGCACUAGAUUCAAUGAUUAGCUUUUGCUGAAUUCCCAAGGCAGCCUCAGUUUACCCCAGUCUCUACUGCCUGUGAAUGCUGAGUUCUUUGUUACACAUACUGAUGAAGCAGGUGUAAGGAGAGGGGGAAGCCAUCUUACCCUGUUCUGCCCCCACCCCAAACAGAACCAAACCUGAGUGUCUUCCAGACCAUUCCUCUGAUCAUUCUUCCCCUCCCUCCUUUAUAUUGCUUAUGAUGUAUCUCAA